GAAUGGAUCCCUAAUCAGCUGAUCGGUUCGUUAUUACCGUUAUCGUCCUUUAUUGGGGCUCGUAUUGACCAUUAUUAUGACUUUCACCGCUAGAAUUGGUUGCAUUAUUGCCUCUCUCUCUCUCUCUCUCUCUCUCUGUGCCUUCCUCUCCGCCUUGCUCGGGGUUUCUCUCAUUUGGGGGGGGAGGAGGGAGAGGUGGGUAAUGAUCAUCGCGAGAGUCAUUCUGGGUUUCCGUGUUGAGGGGGUGCUGCUAGAUACCCAUGGCACGACACCCUGGACUGGCAUUCCUGGAGUGGUGCCAAGUGUAUCCAUCUCCCCGUACGUAAGUUGGAUGCUACGGUUGUUGAUCGGGAUACUUGCUGUAACUUGCGCCGUAGUUAUUGUCUCCCUUGUACCUUACAUAAUGAGUGAUUUGUUCGGCUUAGUCAUGGGUCAACCCCAAUGGAUUGUUCAUCACUGGAUCGAGAAGUCUCAUAUACUGAAAGGUUUAGGCUGUAACCUAGGCAUU